AUGGCAGACGACGGCGAGAUACAGGGGCUACUGGCGCAGGCGGCGAAGGCGUACGCGAGCGAGAACUUCGAGGCGGCGGCCGAGCUGUAUGCCGCGGUGAACGAGGCAGCGGAGGCGGCGGGGCACGUGGAGCCCGACUUCCUCUUCCUGUACGGGCGCGCUCUGUGGCGGGCGGCGGCGGCAGCCGGCGACGUGCUGGGCGGCGCGGAGGACGAGGAGCAGUCGGACCUGGAGGCGGCGUGGGAGGUGUUGGAGCUGGCGCGCACGCUGUACGAGGAGGCCCUGAGCGCGUCGGGGGACGCGGUGGUGCAGCAGAAGCUGGCGGAGACGUACGACGUGCUCGGGGAGGUGUCACUGGAAGCGGAGAACUUCGGGCAGGCAGCAGAGGAUCUGCGGUCGUGCCUGGCGCUGCGCGAGCGGAGCGGGGCGGCGGAGCGGCUGCUUGUGGAGGCGCACUACAAGCUGGCGCUCGCGCUGGAGUACGUGCCGGGCGGGGCGGCGGAGUGCUGCGCGCAGCUGCAGCGGUGCGUGGAUAUGCUCGGCGCGCGCGUGGCGGCGGGCACGGGCGCGCCGGACGACGGCGAGCUGCUGGCGGAGCUGCAGCAGAAACUGGCGGACGUGGCAGCGCAGCCGCCGGCAGCGGAGGUGGCGCCGGACGCGCUGGCCGGCUUGCGCGAGCAGCUGGCGAGCGCGGCGGUCAACGACCUGACCUCGCGCGUGCGGCGCCGCGGUGGCGCGCCGGACGGUGGUCAAUAG